AUGUCAUCUCUGCAUCGAUUGCUAACCGAUGAAGGUUUCGAGAGGGGAAAUUCACAUACCAAGAAAACCAAACAGGUCAGGUUUAAGGACAGAACGGAAAACGACUCCAUAGUUCUUCCUAUUCACAUCUGUCAUAGCAGGAGAAGCUUUGAUAAUACAUCAAGACCUAAACUCAGGAAUGUCAAAGGAUCUUCGGUUUCUGUUACUAAUUCAUCGAAGAGACCACCGGGUUCUGACUCGGGGAAAUCGAAAAACUCGCUAUCUUGUUCCAGGAUGGACGAGCCUUCCAUGGAUGAAGUCGCGACUAGAGCUGUGAUUUCUAUUCUUAGCGGUUAUGCAGGUAAAUUCUCCAAGGAUUCGUGUUUUCGUGAAACGGUUAGGGAGAAAUGUUAUUACCUCUGCUUCGCUAGAAAUGGAAUCAGUAGUGAUUCGAAUAACGGAGGAAUUCUCACCAGUUUGGAAUUGGGAAUGAAGAGCGCAGAGAAGUUGCUUAUUUGUCCGCAGGGGAUGUGGACCGAUACGUUCACCAAUUCGAUUCGUCUCUUAACCGUCGUCGUCGCUUCUUUGAAUUCCAACGCCAAAGGCUCCUCCUCCUCCUCCACACGCGGAACGCCCAAUUCUCAUCUAUCGGCUUGCGCGCAGCUCUACUUGUCGAUCGUCUACAAGAUGGAGAAGAAUGAUGUCAUGUCUGCUAAGCAUCUCCUUCAAGUUUUCUGCGACGAUCCGUUUCUAGCUCGUACACACUUGCUACCUGAGCUGUGGGAGCAUUUCUUCCUUCCGCAUCUUCUCCAUCUCAAGAUUUGGUAUGGAAACGAAGUGGAAUCCUUGUCUGGUUUGUAUAACGAUAAGGAUAAGACAAUGAAAAGCUUGAAGAAGCUCUACAAUGGGCAAAUGGACAAGGGGACCACUCUGUUUGCCCUGUACUAUAAGGAAUGGCUCAGUGUUGGUCCUCAGAGAGCGCCGCCUGCACCUUCUGUUCCAUUGCCGUCUAAACGAAGUUAUGUUUCUUCAAGAAGAGGGUCUUUGGAUUCUUCUGCAACUCAUUCCUCUAUCAGUAAAUCAUUAUACCAAACUGUUUUUGGACACAAUCUGGACCCUCCUUCCUCGGAGUUUGAUGAGAUGAAUAGAAGAGCUAUGAAUGAAUGGGAUUUAGAAACAGAAAAGAAAGCUAGUGAGAAUCAUAGGACUCCAAAUCAUAGAAGACAUUCCAAAUCUGAAUUAAAGGCCGAGACUCGAAAAACAGAACACCAUACCAGGCUGUUUCCCUGCCAAAGCGUGCCUGCAGAAACUGUCAGUUCUUCUUCAUCGACGAGAAGAACCAGAAAUACCCAUCUGAUUCCAGGGGAUGUUGCCAAUGCAAUUUCCACCAUUUGUUCAUCGAAUAACCUGAGUGAAUGCGAGAUUAGUAUACGAUUGAUCAUAAAAGCUUGGUUGAACAACAACCUUAAAGGCAAUUCCACUUUAGAAAAUGCAAUUUCUAAAGUACCUGUCAUAGAAG